UGCUCAACUUUAAAUGGGGAAGCAUUCAUCUUAUUAUUGUGCUGCUGCAAGAAGCUAUCAUCAUUCAGGUGUCAAUUGCUCCGUCAUUUACUCUGUUCUUCCAGGGCUAUGGAUUUGUCCGGGGUUAUUAUAGAGAAAUUUAUCAAGUGCUUAACAACUGCGGAUUUGGAAUCUGAUGAAAUGAAACUCCCUGCAAAAAUUAUCAGCAAAUAUGGAGAUAUUAUUCCCAAGUGUUUGUUGUUGAAAUUCCUGAAUGGGUAUCAGAUCCCGGUGAUGCGCAAUGAAGAGAAAGGAACCUUGUCUGGCCUUUCAACUGUUUAUGCUGAUUUUGACUUGAAAGCUGGUGAAAUGCUUGUAUUUCAAUUUGACGGGUCCUCUAAUUUCAAUGUUUAUGUUAUUGGGACUGAUCUCUUGGAGAUUGAGUACCCAUGUGUGGUUCACCAUUUUCAGAGAACACCUCCUAGAAAUGGUAUGCCUUCAACUGUUAAGCAUGAUACCAGUUUAGAUUUUUAUGUUAUUGUUUAUUUGACUGUUUUGAUUUAUAAGCAAUUAAUCUUUUUUUUGUUGUGCUAGUGAAUGUUGCAAAGGUUGGAUUGAAAUUUCUGAACUUUGUUAAUGAUUCAGACCCUAUAAUUGAUGACUAUGUAAGACAAAUC